UUGCAAUAAAUGUAUACUUAAAAAUACCAACUACAUAAUUUUGCGAAAAAAUUGUAGAAGAAAAAAACCUCAAAAUCAAAAGAACUAAAUUGAUCCAAAGUUAUAGUUACCACCAAUCAAUCCCACCACCACCACCACCACUUCACCACCAUAAUUAAACUUCAAUUCGAUUAAAGUCUAAGAAAGAAUUUGCAUAAAAUUCAAGUCAUGCUAAACAACGCUACAAAUAGUUCGCCGCAUCCUUUGCUACAACCAACAGCAGAUAAUUCAAAUAUGAAUGGCUAUAGUCGCAAGUCACCAUCAAAGCGUCGCUAUGAGGGUUCCAAGUAUCCAGCCUUGCCAAAGAAGAAGCCACGUACGGGCAAGGAGCGUGUACCGCAACCGAAGAAUACCGUCGCCAUGCUGAAUGAGCUGCGUCAUGGUUUGGUUUAUAAAUUGGAGUCGCAAACUGGGCCGGUGCAUGCACCGCUAUUCACCAUUUCCGUUGAGGUGGAUGGACAAAAGUAUAUGGGUCAGGGUCGCAGCAAGAAGAUUGCCCGCAUCGAGGCAGCCGCUACGGCGUUACGCAGUUUCAUACAAUUUAAAGAUGGUGCCGUCUUGACGCCGCUGAAGCCGACUUGUAAUCUUGAUUUCACUAGCGAUGAGCAUCUGGAAAACGGUAUUGCUAAUUAUGACAAACUAAGCACGGAUGAAUUAGUCUCGCUUUUAGACGCACUGUUCAGGCAUGCGAAAUUUGUUAAAAAACUGACACCCUUCAUGAAGGUUUCCGAUUGUACAUUGAGCAUGACAAAUGUAAAUAAGAGCGCCAUUACUGUGGAUGGCCAGAAGAAAGUGCCGGACAAGGGACCUGUUAUGCUACUCUAUGAGCUCUUCAACGAUGUACACUUCGAUUGCUCAACAGUGGAUGGAGCACAGAAUAAUUGUCGCUUCAAAAUGACUGUAACGGUGAAUAAUAGCAAAUUCGAUGGCACAGGUCCAUCAAAGAAGUUGGCCAAGAAUGCAGCUGCCAAGGCUGCUUUAGCUUCGCUAUGCAACAUUUCGUACAGCCCAAUGAUGCAUCCACAAAAGAAUGUGCCAUUGCCGAUCGAUGAUAAGACAUCGUCCAUGGAAUUGCCACAAAUACACGCUGACACUAUUGGUCGCUUGGUAUUGGAGAAAUUCAUGGAGGUCAUCAAGGGACAGGAAUCGUAUUCGCGCCGCAAAGUCUUGGCUGGCAUUGUAAUGACCGAAGAUAUGAAUUUCAGUGAAGCCAAAGUCAUUUCCGUGUCCACUGGCACCAAAUGUGUGAGCGGCGAACACAUGAGUGUCACUGGCGCUGUGCUCAACGAUUCACAUGCUGAGAUCGUCUCUCGGCGUUGUCUAAUGAAAUAUUUAUAUGCUCAAUUGGAUCUACAAUGCAGUCAGGCCACUGCAAAUCAGUCGAUUUUCGUGAGGAAUCAAGACAAUGGGCAAUACCCGUACAAACUAAAAUCCGGUGUUCAUUUCCAUUUGUACAUCAAUACAGCGCCUUGUGGUGAUGCACGGAUUUUUAGUCCUCACGAAAAUGACACUGGUGUUGACAAACAUCCAAAUAGAAAGGCGCGUGGUCAAUUGCGUACGAAAAUCGAAUCGGGUGAGGGGACUAUACCGGUAAAAAGCAAAGAGGGCCUACAAACAUGGGACGGUGUAUUGCAGGGCGAACGUCUACUGACCAUGUCCUGCUCCGACAAGAUUGCUCGCUGGAAUAUCGUUGGCAUACAGGGAUCUCUGCUGGCCUCCAUUGUCGAGCCAAUUUACUUGCAUUCCAUAGUGUUGGGCAGCUUGUUGCAUCCAGAGCACAUGUAUCGUGCCGUUUGCGGCCGAAUAGAGAAAUCCAUACAAGGUCUUCCGCCGCCCUAUCAUCUGAAUAAACCACGCUUGGCGUUGGUCACCUCCGCUGAGCCUCGCAAUCAGGCUAAGGCACCGAAUUUCGGCAUCAAUUGGACAAUUGGCGACAGUGAGGUCGAGGUGGUGAAUUCACUUACCGGUAAAACGGUAAAUAACCAAAUAUCGCGCAUAACCAAGCAAAUGUACUUCAUGAAGUAUGGCUAUUUGAUGAAAAAUUUACCGGGCAUACCAAAUCGCAAGCUGACUACCGAUUACGGGCAAACAAAGGAGAGGGUUAAGGACUACCAGAUUGCCAAGAAAGAGUUAUUUGCGGCUUUUCGACGCGAAGACCUGGGCAGCUGGCUGAAAAAACCAAUGGAACAAGAUCAAUUUGCGCUUCCGGAAUGACUCCGUUGUCAUCGUUUUGUUAAUGAAGAGAAAAUAUUCGACAGUCAAUGACUUGAAUAAUGAUGAGCAAUUCAAAUGGUUAAUGAAACGAAAUAAAAAUAAUCAUAAUUUAUAUGCUGAUGAACUAAAUGAAACAAUACAAAUACAAAUGUUAACAUUUCAACGUA